AUGGAACGUCUUUUGAGGCUGGCGCAACGGUUGUCGACCACAACUACUGGUACGGAGAAGCGCGCCGUACACAUAUGCAAAACAAUUUCGAACGAUACCAUUAACAUAGAGGCCUCGCCUUUCUUCCAACUGCCUGCUUCUGUUCGAAAGCGGAUAUACGGAUACGUUCUUGGUGGAUUGCAGAUCCGGGUCUGUGAUACGAAGAACUGCAAGAGAUUGCAUAGAUGUCGUUCCAAGAAGCGGAAACUCAAUUGCCCUGCAUACAUUUGGAAACUAUGCUCUUGCCAUUUUCUCUCAACGAGUUCGAUGGAGACCAUUGGGACAUUCAUCUCGCUGUCUACUAUCACCUUACCGAUGCUCAGGUGA